AUGAUUGUACAUUCCUUAAAUUUUUUAUAGAAAAGUUUACUAUUUAAAUAAUCCUUAAAUAAACAUCUAGAUGAGGUUACUUCAAUUUUUUUGAAUCAAUCUGAAACUACUUUAUUAUUUUGUAGUAAAGAUGCUUAAAUUAUUGUUUGGAAAAAAAUAAUGAUUGGGAGUUUAAGAAUAUUGUUAAUCAUUCAGUUCAAUAAUAUGGGGAAUAAAAUAGUUUUCAUUAAAGAUAAUUAGUUUAUUUCGACUUAAUUUAAAGAACAAAAUAUUCUUGUAUUUGAGAAAGAAAAUCAAAUAUUUAUCUAAAAUCCUAAAAGCAGCAUAAUAAAUGAAAUAAAUUAAUAUGUUAAAUUUCCAUUUAUUUAUAAUUCAUAAUAUAACUAAAUUAUUUGUCAUCAUGGCUAAACCAUUAAUUUUAGUAAAAUAAUUAUAAAAUAGAUCAUUUCAGAUAGUGUCAAAUUUUUUGAAUCAACCAAAUGGUUAAUUCGGAGGAGUGGUUACAAAUGA